GGGCAGCGAGGGAGUGCGGGUGCUGCUGAGGCACCUCACCUGUAGUCGACUGGAGAGGCUGAGUCUGGCCCACACAGGGGCGGGAGUGGUGGGGGGAAGUGGCACAGUGGCUGGCGGGAGGUGAUCCGUGUAGACUGCGCAUGCUUGACCUCGGGUACUGCACCGACCAACCGGCUGCCUUCACUUCUCUCGUACUAUGCCUGGAGAGAGCACCUCUGCUGGAACAUCUGGAGUUGAGUUGCCCAGAGGUGGAUGACUCGAUGCUGCGGUCCCUCUACCAGCUGCCCCUGCAGGUGCUGCGGCUACCGGGGACACGAGUCACCAACUUCCCCCUCCACCCACCCCCCAUACACCAGAUGAGCUGCCUUAGUCUGGCUGCGCCGGCCUGGGCAAGCCUCGGCCCCUUCGGCCUCAUCACGAACAACACCUGUCCCUCCGUCUGAUUGGGUUUUUUAAA